AUGGGCGCGUCGAAGCACUGGUUCCGCGGCCGCUCCAAGUCGCCCGUCCAAGCAGACGAGGAGUCGGCCGCCGGCCAGGCCAGCAAGCCGUCGCCGGCUUGCGGCUUCCGCGACUCCCACGGCCAUUUUCAGGCGCUUUGGCGCCCGAGCCCAGACAAGGACGCCGCCGACAACGUGCCCGCAUCCACCUUGGAGGGAAGCGCGCGGUCAGGGUCGACACCGUCCGCCUCCCGACCCGCCUCGCCGGUCUGCGCGCCUUCUGUCCACCGAUACCGGCCGGCUGAAAGCGGGCACGUCUUUGUCCUCCAUUGCGACGCUGCGGGCCGGCGCAAAAUCUACGAGGGCUCGGUCUCGAGCCGCUUCUAUAGCACCGAGGAGGAGGCGAUCGCAGGCUCGAUGGCCACCGUGCACGCGUACAUCGCCAAGGCCGGCGCCGCGCUGCAGGGCCGCCCCUCCGCCUUCCGGCGGGCCAAGCCUCUCAUGGCGCUGCCCAUGCCGGGCGUCGGCCUGAUGGACAUCUCCAACCUGGUGGACGAUCUUGCCGACGUGGUAGAGCCGCUGCUGGCGGUGCUGUACGAGGCGGCAGCCGAGUACAGGGUCGACAUCGCCCUCUGCACCGUCGACGAGGGCGCUUUCCGCGUCGCGCAGAUGCUGCGGCCGCGCUGCUGCCCGUGGGAGGGAGGCCCGUUUGGAUUCCUCGGCCCGGACCUGCUGCGGCAGGUGGCGGCACUGCAGGAGAAGGCGAGCAUCGGUCGGCUCGGAGUGCUCUUCGGCGCGGGUGUGUCGGUCCCGUCCGGCCUGCCCUCGUGGGACGGCCUGCUGCGCGAGCUCGCUGUUCGGGCCGGCUUCAGCGUCGAGGAGCAGGAGGCACUCUCCUCGCUGGGCCUCCUCGAUCAGUCAACGCUCAUCGAGGAGCGGAUGGGCGGGCGGGUGGAGUUCAAGGCCGCCGUUGCCGACUGCGUGCGGCACGGCCGUUUCACGCCCGCCCACGCCAUCCUCGGCGCGCUCAAGCUCCCCGCCGUCACCACGAACUACGACUCCCUGUAUGAGCGCGCGGUGGCGAGCACCGGCGACGGCGGCACGCGGGUCGGGGACAACGGGGAGGAGUCCCGCGCGAGUGAGGGUGCCGAGCUGCUCCGCCGGCUGGGGAGCGACAAGUGCUCUCCGCCGGACUGCGGCGACGGCCGGGGCGGCGUGCUCCGCGCGAGCGGGAACAACGCUUGCGUGAUGCGGCUGCCGUGGGACGCGGCGAGGGUGCGCGAGAGCCAGGACUCGGUCCGGCGGCUGCUCAAGAUCCACGGGUGCGUCUCGGACCCCAAGUCGAUCGUGCUCACGCGCGAGGACUACAUGAGGUACGGCGACAACCGGCACGCGUUGCGCGGCCUGCUGCACCAGACCUUUCUGGAGCGCGAGGUGCUCGUGGUCGGCUUCUCGAUGAACGACGACAACGUGCACCUCAUCAUCGACCAGGUGCGCAAGGCGCUGCAGACCACCAGCACCAACGGCGGCUUCAAGAUGGGGACGGUGCUCACGCUCGCCGAGAACUCGAUGUUCCGGCAGCUGUGGGAGCGCGACUUCCGCGUCGUCUCGUGCGGCGUCUCGCAGGCGGAGCACGCGCGCCGCAAGAGCGACGGUGUCUACGACCCGUCGCCCGAGUGGACGCACGACAUUUUUCUCGACGCGCUCGCGUCAGGCCUCACCGUCGAGCGCGCGGGCUGCUCCUUCAUCCUCGACGACAGCUACGCCAGCCUGCUCGAGGAGCCGCAGCGCAAGAUCAAGGCGGCGCUCUCGCCGCUGCAGGAGCUGAUGCGCGACGACGACCUGCGGAACUGCCCCGCGCUCAAGCGCAUCCAGCAGCUGCUGGAGGAGCUCGGCGCCACGGGCAUGGGCUGCGAGGACAUGUACUGA